GCCUGAGUGAAGAUGGAUAUCAGUGAAUUUAUAAUAGAGAAGAUGGACAUAAGUGAAAUUAUAAUAGAGAACGUAAAGAAUUAUGUGUUCUUGUAUAAUUCAUUGUAGUCAACAAAUGAGCAAAAAGUAAACAACUUCAUCAGCUGUUUUAUAAUCUCGUCGGUAUUGUGUUCCAUACGACGAAUUUUCGCGGCUCAUUUUGUCGCCUCGUAGGGCGAAAUUCGUCGUUCGCUCCAAUUGUGUUCCUAGCAUAAAGCAUCGAUACUCAAUGGUUUUCCACCUCUAGUUAAGUAAAUAUAUCUAACACUGCCUUACAACCUGGCUUGUUUCCAUAGGAUCCUCAACCUGUUUCUCUGCAAUAACAGGGAGUUCGCUGAAUAGUCCAUAAAAUAAUAUUUCUGAUUAGGGUUGUAAACUUGGCGGAUAAAUGGACGAAUCUAAUGGCCAAAUUUAUGGACUGGAACUUCAAGCGCGGUCCCUGGCAUCUCAAUUAGGAGAAACACAGGAAAUUCGUUUCUUCAUUGCAACAAAUUCACUAAAACCCUCUACAAAUCAGGUGCAUUUAGUGGAGUACAGUGAAGAGCAAUCCAAUGUUAAAGCUAACAUAUUUGAACAUCCCAUGGGUGAAGUAUGGAAAAUUACAGCGAAUCCUCAUGACAUAUAUGAAAUAUCAACCUGCUACAAUGAACAGAAUGGAAACUCUAUAAGAACUAGGGCGUCCUUGUUGAAAUAUAGCGACGAUAUUGAAGACACAGGUAACUUGAAGUCUGAAUACCGGUCAUGGCACACUAUCGAAACCCUCAAUACCUUAAAGUAUGGAGAUAAGGUGAAAUGCAUUGAGUUUCAUCCCGCACAAAAGGAAAAGCUGGCUUGUGUGGUCGACAAUAAAAUUAUUUUAUUCGAUCGAGUUAAUGGCGGAGGAAGUAAAAUUGCUGAACUUACAACAGGAACCUCCACAAAACAUAUAAGUCCCUUGAAUGGGGGCAAAUGGUCCCAUCAUCAUCAGUGUCAACAAUUCGUUGCCCUACAUGACACCAGUGUGAAAGCUUAUGAUAUACGAGAUCAACAUUUAGCCUGGAGCAUAGAGGACGCACAUGGACAGUUCGUACGAGACAUUGACUGUAAUCCUAAUAAACAAUGUCAUUUCGUAACGGGGGGCGACGAUGGUUUCAUAAAAAUUUGGGAUUGUCGCAUGCCAAAAGAACCAGUAUUCAUGAGGAAUGAUCACUCCCAUUGGGUGUGGUCGGUGCGUUUCAAUACAUUCCAUGACCAAUUAGUUCUGAGCAGCUCCAGUGACUGCAAAGUUCUGCUUACUUGCGCCAGUUCAGUAAGCUCAGAAGCCCCAGAGUUAGGGGAGUGCCCAGGGAGGGUACUAUCAGAUGGGUUGUUACAGACAUUUGAACAACACGAGGAUUCAGUCUAUUGUGUGGAAUGGAGCAACGUUGAUCCAUGGAUAUUUGCCUCUCUCAGUUAUGACGGUCGAUUACUGAUAUCAAAAGUCCCCAAACAAUAUAAAUAUCAGAUAAUUUUAUAACUAUUUUAAUAUCAGUAAAGAACUAAGAAAAAGUGGUGAUACCCUACACCACUAUGCAUAUUUAGUAGAAUAAACGUUUAUGUUGAGUAUUUAUGUGAAGUAAA